CAGUAAAGAGCUGUAGACCCACAAGAACGCUAUCAAUUUUCUCAAUUUUCCUUUCUAUAUAUCCAAUUUUGGUUCUGUAUUCCUCUUACUUCUCUACCGAAAUUCAACCAAACGAACCAAUUCACCGAAUAUCUUCGCAGUUUCAAUAUAAUCUCAAUAUGCACAUACAACUAUCACUGAAACACAUAUUCAUAUCAGUAUUUUAUCACCAUUCGCUCGAUUUUAGGAAUCAGGAAUUUGGAGGUUUGUUCUUGUUUGAAUUGUUCUUGGAUAGUACAUAAGUUGAAACUACAAGUAGAAUUCAAUGGGGAGAAAGAAGCCUGUGCGUGAAAACGAGAGUCUUGAAUCUUCCAAGCAGGGUGGCGGUGGUGGAGGAAAGUCGAAGAAGAAAAAUCGGGUGAUAGAUGAUGAUGAUUACUCUGUUGGGACAGAACUGUCUGAAGAUACAGUGGUUCUGGAAGACAAAGCUGAGUUAGUGCCAGAGAUUAGUAAGAAGAGAGGUAAGAAGGGUAAGAAGUCCGGGGCUCGAGAUGAGGACGUUGAAGAAACAGAGGACAAACUUGUUAGGAAAGAGGAGGAUGAUGAGAAAAAGAAGUUGGGAGGCGGUGAAAAGAAUCUUGCCAAGCAGGUUGGUGGAGGAGGGAAGUCAAAGAAGAAGAAUGUGGCCAUUGACGAUGAUGAGUACUCUAUCGGGACUGAAAUAUCUGCUGAGACGCAGGAGGAGGAAUUAGCACCAGCAGUGGCGUUUGGCAAGAAAAAAAGUAAAAAGGGUAAGAAGGGUGGGGUGAGUACGUCUGAUUAUGGAAGUCUUGGACAGGAUGAUGACGAUGAAGAUGUGUCAGGUUUGUCAAGGGAUAGGGAUGGAGUGGUUGGUGAUAGUGACCGAGAGGCUGAAAGUGUUGCAUCCGUUACUGGAAAAACGAAGAACUUAAGACUGGGGAAGAGCAGUGCAAGUUUGUCUGUUACAUCUGCGUUUCACGCCAUUGAUGAUCAGGAUAACGAAACUGGGCAGCUAUCUGAGGAAGAUGAAGAGUCCACAGUUGCCUUUACAGGUAGGAGUAGUGGCAUUUCUUUUAGUGCUGCCCUUCUUGACGAAGAAAAUGAUGCAGAUACCUCUCUUAAAUUGGAGACAGAGGCAAAUGAAGAAGAUGAUGCACCAGGAAUUAUUUUUUCAGGUAAAAAGAAGUCAUCUAAGAAAAAGAACAAAAGUGCAUCUAGCACAAUAGACACUGCAUUCAGAAAUGACUCAACCAAUGUUGUUGAUCAAGACCAUUGUAACCUAGGGGUUAAUCGGGAAGAUGCUGAUGAUAAUAGAGGCAAAAAGCAGACAACAGAUGUGUUAGAAACUUCAAAGAACAAAACCAAGAAAAAAAAGAGUGGGCAUGCUUCAAAGAUUCUGGCAGAUCUUGGUGAAGGGUCAACAAUCACUACUCCUGCUCAACCUGCUAAUGCUUCUCUUCCACAAGAGGAGAAAAGUCAACAGCAGUCUCAAUUAGGAGAUGAUACAGGGGAAAGAGAAGCAGUUGAGGAAGCUGUGAAGUCUGCUGCUGCAAAGAAGAAGAAAAAGAAGGAGAAGGAGAAAGAGAAAAAGGCGGCAGUAGCUGUCUCUGAGAUGGAGGAAAAACAGGAAGGAACAAAGAAUGAUACCAGAGCAAAAUUGGCAGAUAAAAAGCAGUCGAAGCAGGUUAGGGAGAUGCAAGAGAGACUUAAAAAAAUGAAGGAAGUUGAAGAAAGCAAGAAGAAGGAAGAAGAGGAAAGAUUAAGAAAGGAAGAAGAAGAACACCUUCGACUGGAAGAACUAGAAAGACUUGCAGAGGAGAAAAAACACUUGAAAAAAGAGAGGGAGAAGGAAAAGCUCUUGAAGAAGAAACUAGAAGGGAAAUUGCUUACUGGAAAGCAAAAGGAAGAAGCUCGAAGAUUAGAAGCAAUGAGAAAGCAAUUUCUUGCUAGUGGUGGGGCUUUGCCACUUUCAACUGGAGAGAGUAGAAAAGAUGCAACUAAACGACCUAUUUACCAAUCAAAGAAAUCAAAGUCACAAGCUUGGGCUAAUGGCAAAGUCCAGGAAGAAUCUGUUGAAAGCACAGAAGUGCAAGAAAAUCAGCAGGAAAUUGUCUCUGAGGUUGAUUCCAUGAAAACUGAGAAGGCUGAGGAUAUCGAUUUGGUAAGUGUAGAGGAGAAGUCAGAAGUAGCUGAUGCUGAAGAAAACAGAGUUGAAGAAGAGGAAGAUGAGGAGGAGUGGGAUGCGAGAAGUUGGGAUGAUGCCGAUCUUAAAUUGCCAAGAAAGAGUGCAUUUGAAGAUGAAGAGCUAGAUUCAGAUCCCCAACCUAUCAUUACGAAAGCUGCAAGGUCCGUUGUGAGUGAUACAGGGCCACUGCCUGUUGCUGCCAAGUCUGUAAUUCCUACUCAAAAAGCGGUUGCAAGUGUACCAGAUGUCACUAAGAAUGAUGGAAGUAAGAAGAGGGAGCCUGUGGUUGUGGUUUCAGGGAAAGGAACAGAAAAACCUGGUGCUUCUUCAAGCAAGAGUGAAGACAACCUCCGGUCUCCUAUUUGCUGUAUCAUGGGGCAUGUCGAUACUGGUAAAACCAAGCUUCUUGACUGCAUACGAGGCACUAAUGUUCAAGAAGGUGAAGCUGGAGGGAUUACACAGCAGAUAGGUGCAACUUAUUUUCCAGCUGAGAAUAUAAGGGAGAGAACUAAGGAACUAAAAGCUGAUGCCAAGCUGAAGGUGCCUGGAUUGUUGGUCAUUGACACACCUGGACAUGAAUCAUUCACUAAUUUGCGUUCUCGGGGUUCAAGUUUAUGUGAUAUUGCAAUUUUAGUUGUGGACAUUAUGCAUGGGUUAGAACCGCAGACUAUCGAGUCACUUAAUCUUCUAAAGAUGAGGAAUACGGAAUUUAUUGUUGCUUUGAACAAGAUAGAUAGGCUUUAUGGAUGGAAAGUGUGCCGCAAUGCACCUAUUGUGAAGGCAAUGAAGCAACAGUCCAAAGAUGUUCAGUUUGAAUUUAUUACCAGGCUUACUCAGAUCGUGACCCAGUUCAAGGAGCAGGGUAUAAAUACAGAAUUAUACUAUAGAAACAAAGAAAUGGGGAAGGAUACUUUUAGCAUUAUACCAACUAGUGCAAUCAGCGGUGAAGGUAUUCCUGAUUUAUUGCUAUUACUGGUCCAAUGGACUCAAAAGACAAUGGUUGAGAGACUUACCUACAGCAGUGAAGUCCAAUGUACUGUGUUGGAGGUUAAGGCUAUUGAAGGUCAUGGGACAACCAUUGAUGUGGUAUUGAUCAAUGGUAUGCUCCAUGAAGGUGACCAAAUAAUAGUUUGUGGCAUGCAGGACCCUAUUGUCACCUCAAUCCGUGCGUUAUUGACGCCUCACCCAAUGAAGGAACUUCGAAUAAAGGGAUCAUAUGUGCAUCAUAAAGAAAUCAAGGCUGCACAGGGGAUAAAGAUUAAUGCUCAGGGGCUUGAGCAUGCAAUUGCUGGCACUAGUUUAUAUGUUGUGGGGCCUGAUGAUGAUGUGGAGAACAUCAAAGAAGCAGCUAUGGAAGAUAUGAGGUCGGUGAUGAGCAGGAUUGAUAGAAGUGGGGAGGGAGUUUAUGUUCAAGCUUCUACGCUUGGAUCAUUGGAAGCUUUGCUGGAGUUCUUGAAGACUGACGAAGUAAGAAUACCUGUCAGUGGAAUUGGCAUAGGCCCUGUGCACAAAAAAGAUGUCAUGAAAGCUAGUGUCAUGCUUGAGAAGAAGAUAGAGUAUGCAACAAUCUUGGCCUUUGACGUGAAAGUGACACAAGAAGCUCGAGAACUUGCAGAUGAGGCUGGUGUCAAAAUUUUUAUUGCUGAUAUUAUUUAUCACCUAUUCGAUCAGUUUAAGGCCUAUAUUGAUAAUCUCAAGGAAGAAAAAAAGAAGGAAGUUGCUGAAGAAGCAGUCUUCCCCUGUUCUCUCAAGAUUGUACCUAAUCAUGUGUACAACAAGAAGGAUCCAAUUGUCGUAGGAGUUGAUGUUCUUGAGGGCAUUGCCAGGGUCGGGACUCCAAUAUGUAUUCCACAGAGGGAAUUCAUUGAUAUUGGUCGGAUUGCGUCCAUCGAGAACAACCAUAGGCCUGUUGACUCUGCCAAGAAAGGUCAGAGGGUGUCCAUUAAGAUAGUUGGGUCUAACUCUGAGGAGAAACAAAAGAUGUUUGGCAGGCAUUUUGAAAUCGAAGAUGAGCUUGUUAGCAAAGUUUCGAGAAGAUCCAUUGACAUUCUCAAGGCCAAUUUCCGGAAUGACUUGUCUAUUGAAGAUUGGAAGCUAGUUAAAACAUUGAGGGACUUAUUCAAGAUACAGUGAGACUUUGUUACAAACCUUUCAAGUAGCUACUGCCUUGGCAUUUUGUGGCCCUGCGUUGGUGCUCAACAGUUCAUCGUGGCAAGAAACAGUGUUUUUGUUGGGACUCGUAAUCAUAAAGGAUGGAAAUGCUUAGAAAGGCUGUAUGCAUCGGUGGCAGUUGCAAUUUCCUUCCUUCAGUUGGUUCUGUGUACAGCUCUUUUAGUAGUGAAGUGGUUAAAAGAGCAAAGCACUGAGAAUUUUUAUAGUGUUGGACUGUUGGCCAAUCUCAGAGAUGAGUGUGUUGUAUAGGGGCGGCAAAUAUUACGUACAAUUCUUUUUGUUGUGCUUCUGAGUAUGUCAAAGAACUGCGAGUUAAUGGCCUGCUAUUGCUUUCUGAAUAAAUUUCUUUUAAUAUUCUCAGAAUUGUAUCACUAGUCCUAUUAUAAGUGUAUCGCAGCACCCAGAAAAAGUGACUAUGAAAACCAUUAAAUGGCCAUUUUACUAGUUCAAAUUACAAGCA